CGCCUGCCCGGCGUAUGUCGUCCUUGCGCUCCGCGCCGUCGCCCCGCCCACACGCCGCCAGCCUCGCGUCUGUUGUCGCUCCGCGCCUGCGCCAGUUGUUUUCCUGGUUGCGCCGGGUCGUCGCGCCGCGCCAUGUGGGCUGCAGCGGGCGGGCUGUGGGGUUCCCGCGCGGGUCUCCGGGGCCUGCUCCGUAGCCGCGAUGCUGCGCUCCUUCCGGCCUGCGCGCGGGGAGUGCACGGCUCUGCUGUCUCCUGCAAGAACUGGCUCAAGAAAUUCGCCUCGAAAACCAAAAAAAAGUUUUGGUAUGACGGUCCUUCCUUGGGCUCUCACUUGACUUACAAACCAUCCAAGUUGGAAUUCCUCGUGAGGACCACCUCAAAGAAAACCAGGAAGGAAGACCACGUGCGCGUGAGGGCCCUGAACGGUCUCCUCUAUAAGGCACUGACAGACCUGCUGUGCACCCCCGAAGUGAGUCAGGAGCUGUAUGACCUUAACGUGGAGCUCUCCAAGGUUUCCCUGACUCCAGACUUCUCAGCCUGCCGAGUGUACUGGAAGACAACGCUCUCUGCCGAGCAGAACGCACGCAUGGAGGCUGUCCUGCAGAGAAGUGCCGCGUCCAUGAGGCACCUUUUGAUGUCCCAGCAGACCCUGAGGAAUGUGCCACCUAUAGUGUUUGUUCAAGACAAGAAAAGUGCAGCUCUCGCUGAGCUUGAUAAGUUACUGGCAGUCGCAGACUUUGGACCCCGCGAUGAAAGAGACGACUUUGUACAAAAGGAUUUCAGGGACGCCGAUGCCCCGCAACCCUGCGGCACCACAGAGCCGGCCACGAGCUCCAGCGUGUGUGGUAUCAAUCAUGAGGCGCUCAGCAAGCAGAUCAUGGAGUACAAAAGGAGGAAGGAUAAAGGGCUCGGGGGGCUUGUGUGGCAGGGGCAGGUGGCUGAGCUGACAACGCAGAUGAAAAAGGGAAGGAAGAGGGCCAAGCCCCGCCUGGAGCAGGACAGCUCCCUCAAGAGCUACCUGUCGGGCGAGGAGGUGGAAGAUGACCCGGACCUGGUUGGCGCCCCAGAGUACGAGUGCUACGCCCUGGACACGGAGGAGUUGGAGGCAGAGAGAGGAGGUGGCACAACAGAGGAUGGCCACGGCUGCAAUGCAAGCAGGGAGUUAGAUGGAGAGGUGUCAGCUCUGCCCGUCCCACGUUUGCAGGGAAAAGCAUUGGCAUGUGACGCAGCAUGUGGCUUUGUUGAGGCAGUUGAUGGAGUUAAAACUAUCUGCUCAGCCGGGCGCGGUGGCUCAAGCCUGUAAUCCCAGCACUUCGGGGGCCGAGCCGGGCGGAUCACGAGGUCAGGAGAUCGAGACCAUCCUGGCUAACACGGUGAAACCCCGUCUCUACUAAAAA